AUGAAGUGGUUUACUCUUCUAUUCUUGGUGAACGCAGUGUUUUGUGCUGACCAUAAUCCUGAUGGUAAGUAUUUCGGUCUUAAAGUAGUAAAAAAAUUCGAUAAUAGUUUGACCUCGUGAAUUUUUCUAGUUGCGAAUUGGUUGCCCUUCCUUUAAAAAAAAAAAAAGAAAAAGAAAAUUGGCUAGGCUUCUGGGGAACAAAAGCUACUGAGAAGUGUCAACAUCCAAAUCGAAUCUGGGUAAAGGAAGGAAGGAAGGAAGGAAGGAGUCAUGGAUGAGAGGACAACAAACGUGCCCUCUUUACAAUAUUACUUAUCAACAUGUGAACAGUAAGCUCGGACGUCAGCAUACAAAGUCGCCACUGGCAGCCGCUAUCGGUCCAUUUUUUUAUGAGCUUAACUACUGUAGUCCCACAAAACCCAUGAUGUGAAUGAUGUGUGAAGGUUGCCCACAUCAGUGGGUUCUACGUCCCCUACUCUUUUCGAACAGUGGUGUGGGUUCUUUUACGUCUCACAAGAAGAGAUAGGUGUAAGUGCCGUGGGACGGUUACUACGAUUUUUCAUCCUUAACCGAGAAGACUAGGAAGGCUAACCAUUCGCAGAUGUCAUUACAAACACAGCUCUUUCUUCUCAGUUUUUUAAAGACCCUGAGUGUUGAUCCGGCCGGGAUUCGAACCCACGACCUCCCGCUCAGCAGACCGGCGCUCUCCCAGCUAAGCUAACCAGGACGCAGUUGGGCUUCUGAUGAUUGAUUGAAACAAAACACAAAACCAAUCAGAAGCACUUCCCAGAUACGUCAAUAUUAUGAAAUUUCUCCGCUCGUUCCUCAGACGAGAUUUCGCAGUGAGGAAAUCAGUUUUGGCGUCGUAAAGUAUAACGGUUGUUUUCUUACACUAUUGCUACUCUCACUUUAUAGAGAAUGAAGGCGUUAAUGACCCGAACCUGUUCGAAGGAGACAUGAUUCUGACUCCAGAACAGCGCUACAGGGCCGAGCAUGGAAUGGAUGUUAAUUUCGGUGACAAUCGGAAAAGGGGCGCACGGAAAGGUGGAGGGCUUUGGCCUAAUGGAGUGGUAGUGUAUGAAAUCGCACCUGACCUCGGUAAGUUUUUAAUAUCGGAAUUGUUUGUUCAACUCUGGCUCUUUGAGCUUCUCUAUGGGUAGAGGGUUCCCAACGGGGUUUUCAAUCUCGUAAUCCCGACCCAAACGUUCGUGCGAUACUGUAAUCCCGAGAGUUAUUUUUUGCAUCCCACCUUCCGCGUACACUUUCAAUCCCCAAUCUCGCCCUCAUUUUGCUUUAAAAUCCCGAAUCCCGAGCUUCAUAUUAAACGCAAAUCCCGGAUCCCGUAAGGCCUGUUGGGGAUCCUCUGUGUACGUGAAGACUUUUAUGGUUAGAUUCUUUAACUUUCGCUCUAAACAUAAAGCAAAAUCAAAGUCCAAAACAUGAGUGCAUACUUUAUAUAUGUGCAUAGCUUUAUACAAUAGUAUUGUCAUUUUAUGAGAUUUAGUGUACGUGAGCAUUUUAGAUACACCUAAUUGCUAUAACAUUGUCACAUAAAAUUUCCAAAAAGAAAAAGGACAAAGCCAAAUAGGAAUUAAUUAGGCUAAUAAGCCACAUUCUUAUGGUGGAUUCACAGCCUUAUUGCCCCGCAGGAUUUUUUUUUUGUUUUUCAGCUUUAAAAUAAUAAAGAAUAUUAACCCACUCCAAGGGGCAAAUGCAAUGGCCAUGCGCCUAUGCCGCAUUAUGCAAAUAAAUCCACCCUGAGCUGAAUAUUGUAUAUUUGCUUAAUUAAUUCCCACUUGGCUUUUUCCUUUUUUCUUUUAGCGUUUUUCUAAGACAACGCUAUUUUUAGCUGAUGAAGCACUUUAUAUAUAUAUAUGAGAUUUCAGUUUCCUCUUAUUGCUUUUCCUUCAUGCCUUAUAACAUACUUAUUUUUUGUACAUUUACUUUUUUAUUUGUUUAUUUCAAUUAUUUUUUCUCCUUUAUUAUGUCAUAUCGCACAGUGUUAUAAAUUAAAUCUUUUAUCUUUUUCAGCUAGAAGUUCAACAGCAAUGAACGCCAUCAAAGCAGGAAUGAAUGAAUGGACCCGAAAAACCUGCAUCAGCUUUAAAAAAAGGAACGGAGAAGGAAGUUUUGUCAGAUUCCAAAAUGGAGCCCAAAAUCAGUAAGUAAAAGUCAAGGAUCAAGGUAUUGAACUACAGCCAACUCUCUCUAGGACGGAUGUCUUUGCGACCGGCACUAAUUGUCCGUCUUAGAAAGAUGGGAUCUAUUUAGGUUUCUAGGAAACUGCCCACCUACCCCUCUCCUAAGUCAACAUUUACACUUACUUCUCACUUAGGGCAAAAUGUUGGAUUAGGGGAGGGCUAGCUGGGCAGUUUCCCAGAAACCUAAAUUGACCCGAAAGAUGUCGGUCUUAUAUACUAGAGAGUUAACUAAAAGGGGUAAAGAAAGGUAGGGACUAACUUUAAGUGUCCGUUUUUGCAAGUUGUCCGUCUUAAAGGGAUAUGAUGUCCGUCAAGAAAGAGUUGAGUGUAGAUGUCAUGAUAUGGGCGGCAGCCGUUUGUCUAUUACAUUUCAUUAGACAAAAAAAGUGUGUGCCUCUUUCUACAACUCACUGAGUUGCAAAAUACCGUAAAAUUCAGAAAAUAAGCCCCUCCAUGUAUAAGCCCCCCAAACCGGUAACGCAAAAAACCCUCCGUUAAAUCGCCCCUCCAAAUAUAAGUCCCUGGGGGCUUGUACUUGGAAAAUUGCCCUCAAAUACAAAGUAAAAUAAAGCAAAAACGGUAAAUUUUCUUCCAACUAUAAGGUUAGCCCAAUCGCGAUUUUGAAACGCAAAUUUCCCUCCGUAGAUAAGCCCCUCCGAAUAUAAGCCCCUCAAAAAGGGCCUUUGAAAAAUAUAAACCCCCCUGGCUUAUUUUCGGAAUUUUACACAGGAUACAUCUCUCGCUGACAAUUUUAGGGGUAAAGUAACAAUACAUAUAUAUAUUUUUUCAUUAGAAUCCCGACCCAUCGAGACUCCUUAAUAAGUACAGUCGACUUUUGAUAAAUCGAAAACAGUUCGAGUUAUCGGGUGUUCGAAGCAAAUAACCAGAAGUAAGGAAAUGGGAUGGCGUAGGAAUGCAAGUAUCAUGCACACUUCACUUCAAGGGCAGCAAGUGAUAUAUUGAUAUUUUGAAAAAGAAAUUAAGCAACAAAGCUUGAUUAAUCAGUACAGUGUUAAACAUUGUAUUGGAAUUGGAUUGACAAAAACGUAACUGGGAAGCUUAAAGAUAAAGAAUACACGGUUGUUUUGAGAGAAAUUCAAUGAUUUGGACUGCAGUUCACUGCGUUUUUUCGACUUGUCACGCGCUUAAAACAUGGUUCGUCGGUCAUCGAGGGUAAAAUUGUAUAGAAAUGAUCUGAAGGGAAACAAACAUUCUUCGAGUUAGCAGGAGAUUCGAGUUAUCGAGGAUUUGAGUUACUGAGGGUAAAAUUACAGUAAAUUACGAGGGAAAUCCAGUGGAAAUCGAUUUUGGUUCGCCGAGUUAGCGAGGUUCGAGUUAUCGGGAGUCGACUGAAGGUUUUUUUUAGAAGCGACUUGUUUCGCUUUUGGAACAUUUCAUUUGUUUUAGUGACACUUCACGUUUCUUGUCAGAUGUUCUUCCCAGGUGGGAAGAACUGGAAGAGCUCAAGCGAUUACCCUUGGUGCAAGAUGCUGGGUAAAGGGGAUUGUAGUUCACGAAAUUGGUAAGGAAUUAUUUUUCCUACUUUUAUGUUUUUUUCUCCUAGAAAUUCGUAAUGAUUUAGUUAAGUAAACCGUGAAUAUCUGUAAACGUUAUUUUUCAUAAAGGACAUGCAGUUGGCUUUUUCCACGAACAGUCUCGCCCUGACAGGGACGACUUCGUCACAAUACUGUGGAAUAACAUACAGCAAGGUACCGUAUUUAUUCGAUUAACCGCCCUGGGCGCUUAUUAAAUUUUUGGACCUUGAGAGUGGGCGCUUAUUCGAGGUGGACGCUUAUUCGAGGCUGGGCGCUUAUUAAAUUUUUACCAUUUUCAGCAUGUGAAGUAUGUUUACUUUGAAACAAAACAAAUGCUAAUAACAAAGCGCGAAGAAGUAACAAAUAAAGCAAGGUUUCCGUAAAGUACUCUGAAGAAAACUCCGUCCUCGAGGAAGUCUCUUAUUAGAAUUCAUUCAAUGACUCAAGUGGGUGGGGUGGGGAGGGGAUGAGCGCUUAUUUGAGUUUGAUUGGGAGGAGGAGGGAGAGGGCGCUUAUUCGAGGCUGGACACAUUCCCAUGCUAGUAUCUCCUCUGGAGAUUGCCAACCCUGACAUAAACAAACGAACGGAAAUGUUGAAGACAUAGCAGCUAAUGAAGAAGGUGGCUCCGAAGAAAACACUCGAGUAAUCCCAUGAACAAGAUUCUAUAACCAACGAACUUAAGGCCACAGUUAAAUGUUCUUUAAUUAUCACCUUCUAUACUGACUAAGUUUGAUCACCUAUUUCCACGGCAAGCCUGGCUACUAUUCGCAAUUAAUUUAAAGAUUAAAGAUCUUAUGGUUUCUACCCCAGAUGCUCUAGCAAUGAGCUACGAAAGACUCGUGCGCGCUUGGGCCAAUGAACUACAGGUUCUUUUAAGGAGUGAGAUUAUAAUUAUUGAUGAAUGUAUAUUUUUAACGCAUUUUCUUUUAAUUAGACAGAAAGCACAAUUUUAACAAGUACGAAAGAUCGCAAAUCGAUUCCCUUGGAUCUCCUUAUGAUUACGGAAGUGUAAUGCACUAUUCAAGCAAAGCAUUUUCUCGUAACGGAAGGGUGACCAUCCAGCCUAAGCAGAGAGGGGUAUGUUUUAUAUUACGUUAUAAAAUAACUAAGUUAGUAGGCGCGCUCUGAUUGGCCGAGACACGAGAGGAGUUGGGAGAAUUCUCGACAGUUAUGCAAACCCUCGACUUCGUCUCGGAUUUACCAUAAAUGUCUCGAAUUCUCCCAACCCCUCUCGUGUUUAUAUGAGGCUAUGCAAACACGGAAAACGUUUUCUAUUACUUAAGUAAUAAACCGAAAGGAGGAUUAUAGAGAAUUUUAAAUUAUAUUCUAAGCGCUUAUGUGAAAAGGGGUCCCUAAACAUGGACGAAAGCUGAGCAGUGCACUCUUGGCAGCGCCUUCUAGUGGUCUCAAACUGAUGCCUUAAUUUCUCUCUGGGCAACUAAGAAAUCAUAGCUUUUGCGUAAAAAUCAUGUUCUUGACACCCUGGAGUUUCUUUACUGGUUUGAGUAUUGGGAUGCCCAGAAUUUUUUUUCCUGCGAAGCAAAGAACAUAAUAUAUGUUUUUCAAUGAACUUUCUGAUCAUUAAUGAGAACAAAGGCAAGCGCUAUUAAUUGGAGUAUAAAUUUUUCAGGCAAUUGACGGUUUAGACAGUUCGGCUCGUGCGGCAAGAGGGAAAACUGAUGCCUUCCUUGCAUGACUUUUAAAAGGAUCCUUUAUACAGAAAACGACAUUACAAUGAGUAUCAAUGUUGGUUUCAAUUCAGAAAAUCAACAGGAAUUAUUCUGCACGAAACUUCAAGACCUUCUGUUUUACUAAUAGGUCGAUUUCGGAAUUGUUCUAUCCACCACCCCCUUAAUUUGCUACUUACUAAUGUCAAGGACAAAGACAAACCGAAGGACAGACAGGGAGCAGUAUACAAGAUCUGAAGAAUGCUGCGACUGCCAGGCUACUUACAUUGGUGAAAGCGGUAGAAACCCUAGCACGUGGCUGACUGAACACAAACGAGCGACGAGAAAUGAUGACGUUAACAAUCACAUUGCUUGUGACCAUUUACAGACGAAACAUCAAAUCGACUCAGGACUCUGCGACAUGUAUUAAGUAUUCUACAGACUACUAUCAACGACUCACUUUAGAAAGCUGGUUUACUAACUUCGAACAAUUCACGCCACUGAAUCGUAGUCAACGGUUACCGGCACUGUGCAAACGACUCAUUGACGAAAUCAAGCAAAACUAACUACGAGAGAACGACUGGACAGCUGACAAUUUGACUAACAAUAGACGACUGUUUGACUGUGACAAUAGACGGAUCAAAACGCACCAAUUACAUUACGAGUCUUCGUAGCCAAUAACAUCACGACGUAAUUGACCAAUCAGGUCAAUAACCAGAGUAUAAUACCAUCAACUGACGUGAUACAACUCACUUUGACUCUGAAGAUGACUACCGCACAGGUUGUCGAAACGUCAGUCACUAUCAACAACAACAAUCCUAUUCAGGACUACGUUCACCCGGACGAUCAAACUCUAACUACUAUUGAAAUGACUCCUGGGUUCAAUCCUUUUACAAAAUGGGAAAUAGUCAGUGAAAUAGAGUGAGAUAUCAUACUAGAUUUUCAAGUUAAAUCAUUGCGAAUGCUAGCGACCAACGCAUUCCAACUAUUUUUAAGGUCUCUAAUUAAAUCCAUGGAGAAAAUAAACUAUGUUUUUUAAUUUCCGUUUUAUUAGGCGCAAAUUGGUCAGCGACGAGGAUUAAGCAAUAUUGAUGCGAAACAAGCAAAUCUACUGUACCAAUGCUCAGGUCGACGAGGUAUGAAACAACUUAUACAACAACCCAUCCGCAAAAUUUGCAAAAAAAAAACCCCAACAUAUAAGACUCAUUUGACUAAUCAGGUCAAUAAUCAUAAUUAUCUCGGGUGAGCUAGACUACGAUUAGUCCCCCUUUUUUCCUUAGGGAUAGCACAGCGAGCGAAAUGCGAGCGCGCGUGAAAAUCACCCCACGCGAGAAAGGCUCCCCGCCGCGACUAAUCAGGUCAAUAAUCAUAAUUAUCUCGGCUGAGCUAGACUACGAUUAGUCCCCCUUUUUUCCUUAGGGAUAGCACAGCGAGCGAAAUGCGAGCGCGCGUGACAAUCACCCCACGCGAGAAAGGCUCCCCGCCGCGUCUCGCCCUGUUUUUUUGGAGAGUCUUUUAAUAUAAGGCUCCGUAGCAAUUCGUGCUGAUAUUGAUCUUUGGCCCUCCACUUGUUUAAAAGCUGGAUAGUCCCCCGUAUAAAUCGCCAUCAAGAGUAUAAGUAUUCGGGGAAUCCAAUGCACUAUCCAGUGGAUAGCGCUCUCCACCUUUAGAACAACUGGGGCGUGAUAGGUGGGUGUUGGAGAUAGUUGUGAUGAUGAUGAUGAUGAUGAUGACGAUGAUGAUAAUGGUGACGAUGAUUACGUAAUAGCAGAGCUAAAACAGCAAAGAAAUGAUACUAACAAAAAACUAGGUGAACUCCUUUUUAAAGGAAAAACAUUGAGAAAUGUAAGGUCACAGGCAUAAAAAUGUACUCUCAGUAUGUAUAAAGUAGGCGAUCAUCUCAUUUUAUUGUUUGCGUAGGCAACAGAACAAUUUCAUCAUUAUUGGAUUUUAUCAAAAUCUAUUAAACAAUCCUGACAAUUUUUCCCGGAUUUGUCGAACUCCUAAUGUUUCUGAGCUCUCUUUCUUGACGGUUCGAAGAAACUGCUGUGAUUCAACAUGAAAUUGUGCUGUGAAAUUGUGUGAGAUUCCUAAAAAUUCAUGUUAUGUUCACAUUGAUUUUCAGGAAAUUCAAAUAGAAGGCCUGGAGGUAAGUGUUACUUUAUUGGGCUGCUAUCACAUUUCUUCACGAAGUAAACACAGUUUACCGCUGUUUCGGUUGUUGUAAAAUUUAAUAAAACAAAUAAUGUUAUAUCAUUUCUUCAGGACAACAAAGGGGACGUGGAGGUAAGCUUCUUUCAGAGGUUCUCUUAAGUUUUUAAAAACAUAAACAUGCUAACUCUUUCCUAAAAAUUUCCUUUCACUUGGUUAAACGCUGAAAUUAUUUCCUGAAUAAUUUUCAAGCUACUGCAAUUUUCAAAAUAUCAUGUUAAUUCUUGUUUUUAAAUAUUUUUAGGACGACCAGGAGGGCGUCGUGGAGGAGGUAAGAUGCGUUAUCAUUUUCAUCAUUUAAACAAACAAGCAUAGUGACUCUUUCCUAAAAUGACCCUUUCCAUAGUCAAAAGCUGAAAUUUCUUAAGUACUUAACAAUUUUCAAGCUACUUUAACUUCUGUUGCUGUGAAUUUCUAAAAAUCUGCAAAACGGUCAUGUAAAAUUUCUACAUUUCUUUCAAGUCGACCAAGAGGACGUCGUGGAGGAGGUCGGCUGCGUUCUCUUUUCAACAAAUAAGCAUGGCGUGACUGUUUUGUAAUUAAAAAUGACCCUUUCCAUAGUCAAAUGCUGAAAUUUUCAAGCUACUGUAACUUCUGUUGCUGUGAAAUUCUGGAAAUUUGCAAAACAGUAGUCAUGUUAAUGUUUCUACGUAUUUUUUUUUUCAGGACUACCAAGAGGACGCCGUGGAGGAGGUAGGCUGCGUUCUCUUUUCAACAAAUAAGCAUGGCGUGACUGUUUUGUAAUUAAAAAUGACCCUUUCCAUAGUCAAAUGCUGAAAUUUUCAAGCUACUGUAACUUCUGUUGCUGUGAAAUUCUGGAAAUUUGCAAAAAAGUAGUCAUGUUAAUGUUUCUACAAUUUUUUUUUUUAGGAAGACCAAGAGGACGCCGUGGAGGAGGUAACAAAAUAGUUAUAGUGUAUCCUUUUUUUUAGGACAACAAAGGGACGUAGAGGAAAUUAAAGCUUCUUUAUGAGCCUUUGCUUGAAACUUUUCAAAACAUAAACAUGCUAACUCUUUCCUAAAAAUGUCCCUUCACUUGGUCAAACGCUGAAAUUAUUACCUGGAUAAUUUUCAAGCUACUGUAAUUUGGAAAAUAUCAUGAUGUAAAAUAUCUUCUUCAUUUUUUUUUUCAGGACGACCAGGAGGACGUCGUGGAGGAGGUAAGCUGAGUUCUCUUUUCAACAAAUGAACAUGGUGACUCUUUACUAAAAUGACCCUUUCCUAUGUGAAACCCUGAAAUUUCUAAUACUUAAUAAUUUUUAAGCCACAACUGUAAUUUCUGUUGCUGUGAAAUUUGCAAAAAAUCAUGUUAAAUUUCUAAAAAUGUAUUUUUUUCAGGACGACCAAGAGGGAGACGCCGUGGAGGAGGUUAGCUGCGUUCUAUUUUCAAAAAAUUAGCUUAGUGACUCUUCCCUAAAAUGACCCUUUCCUUGCAUGGUUAAACGCCGAAAUUUCUAGUACCUAAUAAAUCUGAAGCUAUUCUAAAAUCUGUUGCUGUGGAAUUCUAGAGUUUGCAAAAAUAGUCAUAUCAUAUUUCUACAAUUUUUUCAGGACGACCAAGAAGAGGAGGCCGCGGAGGAGGUAAGCUGCUUUAUCUUUCUUCACAGAUAACCCCGCCAUUUAGAUAGAAAGACUCGUUCCUACAACUAACUACUGUAUUUCCUUUCAUGGUCAAACGCUGAAAUAUCCACUUAAUAAUAAAUCUCAAGCUACUUUAAUUUCUGUUGUUGUGAAAUUUGCCAAAAAAAGAAUUAUGUUAUAUUUCUAUAAUUUUUUUGAAGGACGGCCAAGAGUAGGACGUCGUGGAAGAGGUAAGCUGCUUUAUCGUUUUGACAGAUAAGCUUUACGACUCUUUUCCACAAUGACCCUCUCUUUCGUCAAACGCCCAGAAAUAUCGCAUAUCUACUUGACAAUUUUGAGGCUACUUUAAUUUCUGUUGUUAUGAAAUUUGCAAAAUGUUAUAUCUAAAUAUAUUUUUUUGCAGGACGACCUAGAAAAGGACGCCGUGGAGGUAAGCUGCUUUAUCUUCUCAACAGAUAUGCAUAUUUAAAAAAACAGUUAUUCUUAAAAGGACUUUUUCCUUGGUCAAACGCAGAAAUACCCACGUAAUAAUUUCCGAGCUACCGUAACUGCUUCCUGUUCCUGUGAACUAAUUUGUAAACAAUAUGUUACAUUUCUGAACUUUUUUUUUUUCAGGACGACCACGACCACGAAAAGGACGCCGUGGAGGUUAAAGCUGCUUUAUUUAUUUUAGACAGAUAAGCAUGACGACGUUUUCCUUAUCUUGCUCAAACGCAUAAAUAGCUACAUAAUUUUCAAGCUACUGUAACUUCUGCUGUGGAAUUUGCAAAAAAAAAUCAUAUUUUAUUUCUACAUAUUUUUCAGGCCGACCAAGAGGACCCCGUGGAGGAGGUAAUUAAGCUUCUUUAUCUUUUCAAAAGAUAUAAGAAUAGCGACUCACGUUCCUUCUUCUUUGGUCAAACGCAGAAUUAUCUACUUGAUAAUUUUCAAGCUAAUUUUCAAACACUUAAAUUUCUGCAUAUUUUUUCAGGACGACCAAGAAGAGGACGUCGUGGUGGUAAGCCGCAUUUUAUUUUCAACGGAUAAUAAUUAAUCUGUAAAAUGUUUUAAUUUCCGCAGUGUGGAUAAGACUCCAUAAGAAGAAUUAGCGAUAUCCUUCACGUGAUCAUUCCAUUUUUCAGGCUCUAAUGGAACGUCACUCCCAGUAGCCUUGUUUCACUGACUUUUCUUGUUGACGAUUCGAAAUUUCUAAGUUGAAGUUUUCAUCUUUGAGACCACGAAAGCUAGCCAUUUGGCUUGUAUAUUUAGGGCGAGAUUGGACUUAAGAGACCAAGGCGCCAUUUGGCUAAGAUCAGAGAGCUAUUUAAGUCAGCAACACUUUGUGCGAGAUCUUUGACAGUGCAUUGUUUGUAAAGUGUAGUAUCGGCGUAUUCCUCUCAGAUAACACAAAAUGGAGUCACUGAGGUUAUCAAGCAGAUGGGCAGUAUAUAUGUAAAACAACAACGGGCCUAAAAUGGACCCCUGAGGAACUCCGAAAUGUAAAUGUUCCAGUAACGAUUUCUUAUCAUCAAUUUCUUGUGAAAUUUGUAAAAGAAAUCAUGUUAUAUUUCUCUAUUUUUUUUUCCAGGACGACCAAGAAGAGGACGCCGUGGAGGUAGGCUGCUUCAUCUUUCCAACAGAUAA